AUGGCGGAACAGAACCAGGAUACACUAAACCCCAAGGGGAAUGGACGCAAUACCUCACUGGAUGAAGAAGAGAAGCAAGAAUCAGGCCAGGGACCAUCUCACGAUGAGAAUCCAUUUGGAGACGAGGAAGAGGGAGAGACACAGUAUCGAACAAUGAGUUGGUGGCAGUGUAGCAUCAUCAUGGUUGCGGAAACUAUAUCCCUCGGAAUUCUAUCGCUUCCUUCAGCCGUCGCAGUCUUGGGUCUUGCCCCUGCGGUGAUCCUCAUUGUCGGACUCGGUCUCACGGCGACUUAUACCGGCUACGUGAUCGGCCAAUUCAAACUGCGAUAUCCACAUGUUCACAGCAUGGCAGAUGCAGGAGGAGUACUGUUCGGUAGAAUUGGAUGGCCACGAUUCGGUAGAGAGUUUUUGGGAACGGCCCAGCUCCUUUUUCUGAUAUUCAUCAUGGGUAGUCAUAUCUUGACUUUCACUACGAUGAUGAACACCUUGACAGAUAACGGCGCUUGCUCGAUUAUCUUUGGGGUUGUUGGUUUGGUCGUCUCUGUUAUAUUUGCACUACCUCGGACACUGCGCAAGGUUUCAUGGAUGGCAUGCGCUUCGUUCGUGAGUAUCGUUGCUGCAUUGCUGGUUACGAUGAUUGCCAUUUCCAUUCAGCGUCCGGGACACGGAAAAAUCGACGUGACUACAACAGUUUCUCUAAACAAGGCAUUCUUGGCCGUGACAAACAUUGUGUUUGCUUAUGCUGGUCAUGUCGCAUUUUUCGGCUUUAUAUCUGAAAUGCGGGUACCCACUGAUUAUGCUAAAACUCUCUAUCUGCUUCAAGCGACUGAUACGAGCAUGUAUGUGAUUGCUGCCGUGGUAAUUUACAUAUAUGGUGGAAGAGAUGUCGAGUCUCCGGCAUUGAGUUCGACGAGUUCUGUGACGGCCAAGGUUGCAUAUGGAGUAGCCAUUCCUACGAUUGUCAUCGCCGGGGUGAUCAACGGACAUGUCGCUGCAAAAUACAUCUACGUGCGAAUCUUCCGAGGCACGAAUCAGAUGCAGAAGAAAUCCGUACUCUCGAUUGGAUCCUGGGUUGUGAUUACGGUCGUCCUUUGGGUGAUUGCCUGGAUCAUUUCCGAGGCGAUUCCAGUUUUCAACACACUGCUGAGCUUGAUUGUUUCACUUUUCGCCAGCUGGUUUACUUAUGGACUAAGUGGUAUCUUCUGGCUGUUUCUUAACUGGGGCCGGUACGGCUCCAACUGGAAGAAGAUGGUACUCACUUGUAUUAAUUUGAUUAUUGUUGGAAUUGGUGCUUGCUUGUGCGGAAUGGGUUUGUGGGUCUCUGGGAAGGCAAUUCAUGAUGAUAGCAACAGCUCGAGCUUCAGCUGUUCUCAUGAGUAA